AUGUCUGGAACCGCCAGUACUCCAGCGCCUCAAACAACCACCAACACCACCACCAACACCACUAGUGCUUCAUCUCAAAACACACCACCGCCUACAUCAUCAUGGGGGCGCCCACUCAAGCAGUUCGGGUUCCUAUUUGCCGGGGCCGGAUUCAUGGCCGCAUCAGUAGCCAUAUCACGACGCUCGGUGAUGCGAAGGCGGCUAGAUGCCAUCCCCAAGUUCUACUCGUCUAACAGAGACCCAGUCGCCUUCGACUCUGCAGACCGGUCAGCGCUUGCUGCUCAGGCAUUGGGCCUGGCAACGCUCAAUGUUAUGAGCUUUGGGGUCAUGCUAAUUGCGGGCAUUGCCUGGAGCUUUGAUCUGAGUUCGAUUGAGGAGCUCCAGACCAGGACCCGAGCCGUCACGCGACGGUCGGGGGCUUUGUUCGUGAACCCUGAGGAUGAAUCCGAGAUGAAGCAUAUGAUGGAAGACCUCAUGUCGCGUAUGGGUAUGGAAAAGCCGGCGCCACCAGGGAAGGAGGAGGAGGGAGCCAAGAAGGAUUGA